AUGUAUGUAUGUAUGUAUGUAUGUUUGCAUGUAUGUAUGCAUGUAUGUUUGAUCUAUAUAUGUAUGUAUGUAUGUAUGUAUGUAUGUAUGUAUGUAUGUAUGUAUGUAUGUAUGUCUGAUGUAUGUAUGUAUGUAUGUAUGUAUGUAUGUAUGUAUGUAUGUAUGUAUGUAUGUAUGUCUGUAUGUAUGCAUGUAUGUAUGUAUUCAUUUAUGUAUGUAUGGUUGCAAGGUUGCAUGUAUGUAUGCAUGUAUGCAUCUACGUAUGUAUAUAUGUAUGUAUGUAUGUAUGUAUGUAUGUAUGCAUGUAUGUAUGUAUUCAUUUAUGUAUGUAUGGUUGGAAGGAUGCAUGUAUGUAUGCAUGUAUGUAUGCAUGUAUGCAUCUACGUAUGUAUGUAUGUAUGUAUGUAUGUAUGUAUGUAUGUUUGCAUGUAUGUAUGCAUGUAUGUUUGGAUGUAUAUAUGUAUGUAUGCAUGUAUGUAUGUAUGUAUGUAUGUAUGCAUGUAUGUAUGUAUUCAUUUAUGUAUGUAUGGUUGGAAGGAUGCAUGUAUGUAUGCAUGUAUGUAUGCAUGUAUGCAUCUACGUAUGUAUGUAUGUAUGUAUGUAUGUAUGUAUGUAUGUUUGCAUGUAUGUAUGCAUGUAUGUUUGGAUGUAUAUAUGUAUGUAUGCAUGUAUGUAUGUAUGUAUGUAUGUAUGUAUGCAUGUAUGUAUGUAUGUAUGUAUGUAUGCAUGUAUGUAUGUAUGUAUGUAUGUUUGCAUGUAUGUAUGCAUGUAUGUUUGGAUAUAUAUAUGUAUGUAUGCAUGUGUGCAUGUAUGUGUGUAUGUUUUUAUGUAUGUAUGUUUUCUGGUUCAUGA